AUGGCAGAUGCAAUGCCUAAUGUUCCACCUCGAGGGCCUUGUGUCAAUAGCCCUCGUUUGAAUGCUCAAUUUGCUCGUGAUAAAAACAAUGGAAGGAAUUUUGAGAUGAAAACGGGGUUACUUCAAUUGCUUUAUCAAAAUCCUUUCACGGGAUUAGAUCACGAGGAUCCCUUUACUCAUCUCACGAAGUUCUAUGAGAUAGCCAGAACCAUUAGUGCUCCGGCGGCCGAAGAAGAACAGAAUGAGUUAGAGGAGAAAUUUCUUGAUAGGCUCUUUCCACACAAUAGGUUCAUGGAAGCGAAAACUUCCAUUUCGGUGUUCUCACAAGGUCAUAAUGAAGCUCUCAAUGAAGCAUGGGAGAGGUUCAAAUCUAUGGUUCAAAAAUGCAAAGGGCAUGGAUUUGAUGAAUUGACUCAAAUCCAUAUCUUUAGAAAUGGACUUCAACCACAACCGAAAACACUUUUAGAUGCUACCACGAUUGGGUCUUUGAUGUCAAAAAGUGUUGAAGAAGCAAUUGCUAUCAUAGAUAGAAUGGCCUUGAAUGAUCAUCAAGGGAAAUACAACCGUAGUACAUCGCAAAGAAAGCCGGGAGUUCUUGAGUUGAGUACGAGUGAUGCAAUACUUUCUCAAAACAAGUUAUUGACACAGCAAGUAGAAUUGCUUACUCAACAAAUGACGAAACUCCAUCAACAACUCAAAGAGAUACAUGGAAUCCCUACCAAAAAUCAACAAUGCUUGAUAAAUCUUGAGGCAUGUGAUGAAAUAAAUCCAUUUGAAGCUCAAAUUGAAGAAUUGAAAGAUGAGCCUGAAGUUGAAGAACCAAAGGUGGAACUGAAAGUGUUACCGUCUCACUUGAAGUAUGUGUUUCUUGAGAAGAAUGAAAAUAAGCCGGUUAUCAUUGGCAACGCCCUUUCUAAGGGUGAAGAAGAAAAAUUACUUAUGGUCUUAGAAAGAAAUCAAAAAGCAAUGGGAUGGACAAUUUCCGAUCUCAAAGGAAUUAGUCCCUCCUUUGUAUGCAUAAGAUUUUGA